AUGGAGAAUCAUAAGGGUUUGGGGUUCCAUCUCAUUUUCAUAACCAUUUCUUUGGUUGCAACCACAAAUACUUGUUUGGGUGUUGAAAAUAUUAGUGUCAUUUGCUCUGAGCAAGAGCGAAUUGCUCUUCUCAACUUCAAACAAAGCGUCCAAGAUCCUUCCGGAAUGUUGUCAUCAUGGGUUGGCAAUAACUGUUGUACGUGGGAAAGAAUCGGUUGUGAUCAUAUCACUGGAAAUGUAGAAAGUGUCCAUCUUGAAGGAGACCACUCUUUUUUUUAUGGCAACUCCUUCUUACUUGGUGAUGAGGUAAAUCCUUCUUUGGCUGAGUUGAGGCAUCUCAAAUACUUGGACUUGAGUGGGAAUGAUUUUGGAGGAAGCCGGAUCCCUAACUUCAUCGGAUCCUUCAAACAGUUGGCCUACCUCAAUCUCUCGUAUGCUGGUUUUAAUGGUAUCAUUCCUCCUCACGUGGGAAAUCUUACUAAUUUAAACGUUCUUGAUCUCAGUUGGAAUGAAGUGUUGAUGGAAGAUGAUAUGACAUGGACUUUUGGCCUUUUGUCACUCGAGCAUCUCAACAUGAAUUAUUUGGAUCUUAGUGGAGCACAAAAUUGGGAUAUGAUGCUUUACAUGAUUCCUUUGUUAAAAGAGUUAAGUUUGUCAUCAUGUAAACUUUCCAAGAUUGAUCAUUCUCAUUCUCUUAAUUCGAGUAGAAUAAUUCCAAACAUCAAACAUCUAGAUCUUAGCUUCAACUAUUACCAAGGUCCACUCCCUGGAUUUUUUCAAAACAUGACCUCCCUCACAUUUCUUGAUCUUUCAACCUUUAAUCUAAGUUUCACAGGUAGUUUUACAAACUUGCUAAACAUGAUUCCUUUUGUAUCAGAGUUGCAUUUGACAUAUUCUGGGUUCGACAAGAUGUAUUUAUCUCCCCCUCAUCUUAAUUUAAGUACCCUUUCUAACAUCCAACACCUGGAUUUUAGCGGAAAUUCAAUUGAAGGCAUAUUUCCAUCUUAUUUAACAAACAUGAGUUCCCUAAGAGUCCUUGACCUUUCAGGAAAUUCGCUGACUUCAUUGGUUUCUAACAUGCCUAAUCUUCUAGAGCUUGAUCUAUCGCACAACAGAUUGAUAGGUCCAAUUCCUGAAUCUGUGAAAAGAUUAAGAUCUUUACUAGUGUUAGAUGUAUCUGACAACAUGUUAACAGGCCCCAUUCCAACAUUUGUUGGAAGCCUUGUAAAACUUGACCUUUCUUUGAAUCAAUUAAAUGGUCCUAUCCCUACAUCUCUAGGGAGUCUUGUUUCAUUACAAGAACUUUUGAUGUCUUCCAAUUUGUUAAAUGGGACUAUUCCGGUUUCUUUUGGUCAACUUUCCAAACUCCAUUCUCUAGAUCUCUCUUACAAUUCUUUUGAAGGAGUAGUUUCCGAAGCUCAUUUUGCUAACCUUUCGAUGUUGAGGAACUUGGAUACUUCUUAUAACUCUAAGUUGACAUUCAAUGUUUCACGUGAGUGGAUACCUCCAUUCCAAUUACUAUCUCUCCAUCUCAGUUCUUGCAAUAUCUUAAAUGGGUUUCCUCAAUGGCUUCAAAAUCAAAGGAAUCUUGAGGCAUUAAUGUUGUCAAAUGCUACAAUUUCGGGAACCCUGCCCACAUGGUUACGGAAGAUGCCCAUCAUUCCUCUCAUGGAUCUCUCUCACAAUAAACUCAAUGGACCUCUUACAAAUCUUCCUAAUGCGGGAUAUUCUGAUGUGUCUACGAGAAGAUUUACCUCAGGAAUAUUUCUUCAAAAUAACCAUUUCAAUGACUCGCUUCCAAUGUCAUUAUGUAGAAGGACAUAUUUGGAAUUACUUGAUCUUUCAAGAAAUAGGUUAAGUGGGAAAAUCCCCAUGUGUCUUGCGAAUCUUGAAUGGUUGGGUACCAUGAUAUUUAGCUCAAAUCAGUUAUCCGGUGUGUUUCCAAGUUCAAUAGCUCUUAAGUGUUCAGUAUUAAUUCGGUUAAAUUUGAAUGACAAUAAAUUUACUGGUAAACUUCCUAGAGCUUUGGGGAAUUUACAAUCAUUAGUGGUCUUAGAUUUGGGUGAUAAUCAAUUCUCUGGAAAUAUACCCGAAUCGAUAGGAGAAAAUCUUACAUCUUUGUUAGUUUUGAGAUUGCACAAAAAUAACCUAACCGGAAGUAUUCCUCAGUCACUAUGCAAAAUUUCAAAACUUCAUAUUUUCGAUGUUGCAUACAACAACUUAACGGGAACAAUCCCACAUUGUCUUGGAGAGUUAAAUGGCAUGGUUAAGGGAAGUGCGGUACUGGUGGAUACCAUUGAUGAUAUUGAUGAUGAUCAAAAUGUGAUUCAGAGCACGAAAGGUGUUGAUCUUGAAUAUACAACAACUUUGCAAUUGGUUUACAACAUGGACCUUUCAAGCAAUAAUUUUUUUGGAGAAAUACCUAUAGAGAUAACUGCACUUUCUAUGUUGAUGAGUCUCAAUUUGUCUAAUAAUCUUCUCAGUGGGGGUAUUCCGGACAAUAUUGGAAAAAUGACGAAUUUAGAAUCUCUAGAUUUCUCAAAUAAUGAGUUGAGUGGAAUGAUCCCUCCAAGCAUGGUUGCUUUGAACUUUUUGAGCCAUUUGAAUUUGUCAAACAACAAUUUGUCCAGACGAAUUCCAACAGGAAAUCAGUUGCAGACACUUACUGAUCCAUCAAUAUAUGCUGGGAACAAAGAUCUUUGUGGGUUUCCAUUGAUAAAGAAUUGCUCCAAUCAUGAGGAAGACCCAACAAUAGUUUAUAAGAAGCAGCCUACGAAGGUAUGGUUGUUCUACGUGGACAUAAUGAGUGGUUUUGCAACAGGGUUUUUGGGUGUUAUUGGAGUUUUGUUUUUCAAGAAGAAAUGGAGACGGAAGCUUUUCAUGUUUGUUGAGGAAACCAUGGACAAGAUUUACGUUGUAGUUGUGGUAAGAGUUGCCAAGAUGAAGAGAGGAAGAGAAACAAUAUAG